GGAAAAACCGCUUUUAGUUAACAUAUCCGGGUGAAAGUGGCAACGUGCUUUUUAUCACAUCCCAGGGUAGUUUGAGUGGCAACUAGCCCCAGUUAUGCCCCUAAUAGUGAUGUGUGGUUAUCCCUGUAGUGGUAAGUCACGAAGGGCAGAAGAGCUGAAGGUGUAUUUUGAAGAAAGCACAGAAAGAAAGGUUCAUAUUGUUGGAGACGGAAGCCUGGGCGUUGAGAAAAACACUGUUUACGCAGAUUCUCAAAAGGAGAAAAAUGUCAGAGCGUCUCUGAAAGCUGAAGUGGAGAGGAAAGUCAACAAGGAUGACAUUGUUAUUCUAGACUCAUUAAAUUACAUAAAAGGCUACCGCUAUGAACUGUUCUGCCUCAUCAAACAUGCACAGACUCCACACUGCUUGGUCUACAGUUUGACGUCCCAUGAAGAGAGCUCAUUAUGGAACACAAACAGAGAUGCUGCUGAUCAGUACAAUCAGGACAUCUUUGACGCAUUAGUUCAGCGAUUUGAAGCUCCGGAUUCCAGAAACCGAUGGGACAGCCCUCUCUUCACUAUCCUGAAAGAUGACACACUUCCAGUUGAAGCCAUUUCUGAUGCACUUUUCAAAAGAAAAGCACCCCCACCGAACCAGUCUACUCAGAGUCAACCGCUGUCAUCAGCAAACUUUUUAUACGAGUUGGACAAGAUCACUCAAGAUGUCUUGAUGGCGAUUUUUAACGCCCAGAAGACGAGCGUUCCCGGGGAUCUUAUCGCAGUUCCAGGAGCUUCGGAAAAGAUUGAGCUCACCAGAAAUGUCAACAUGGCAGAGCUGCGGAAAUUACGGCGCCAGUUCAUCAGCUACACCAAGCUGCACCCGACAGAAAACACGGGACAAAUUGCUAAUAUGUUUGUUCAGUAUUUAAAUAAGAGUCUGCACUGACAGUGUGUAGUGUUUGGGUUUUUUUGUUUUUUUGGGGGGGCGGGGGUUGCAGUUGUUCCGUGACAAAUAAAUGUAUUUAACA